AUGGAGGUUGCUGGCGCCGUGCCUGCCAUCCUAACCAUAGUGAUAGAGUUCGAUCACAUUUACAAGAGGCUUCGCCGCUGCUCUCGAUGCCUUAAGUACGCCAAAGACGAUGUCAAUGACAUCCGGGACGAAGUUGAAUCCUUUGGCAUGCUCCUCACUCUGUUCCACAGCACCCUCACAGACGAGCGCUGGGGCGAUGAAGGUCUGUCCCGGAAAAUCAAAACGACCAACAUAGAGCAACACAUUGUCAAAUCAGGGAGAAAAGCGUUGGCCAAAAUUAAGACCAUGUUAGAGGGACUUGAUCCACUGCGAAGAGACAAGGAGUACCCAGCAAUCCAGCAAUGGUAUGCCCGCUGGAAAUGGUACACGCAGAAGGAGGAAUGGUUACCAGUUCACACUUUGCUCAAUUCCAUCAAGGGAAGCGCCAAUCUGCUCAUUUCAAUCGUCCAUUGCCAUCACUUUCUUCAAUCGCGCGAGCAGCUGGAUGCUGAAAAUAAAAAGAUCCCCGGUGAGCUGAAUGAACGAAUUUCCCUGUAUGCAAGUCAGACCCGAACCAUGAUGUCGAACUGCAAGAAGACCGAAAGAAUGCUCAGACGGAUGCAAGCCCAACCGGCAGAUGUGUUGCGCCUGGCUAAAGAAAUUGUCGAACUGUCGUUCAGUUUGGCACGGUCUCAUAUCGAAGCGUAUCCUCAAUUGGAAGCGGUCCUUACUCACGAUAAGAUUCUGUCUGUCGUCGCCAGCAACUCAACGGCAUCGAGGAGUUCUGAUUUCUCCCGCAACUCUAAUCACAUCAUAGGGCCUUCAAAUUCCGGCAGCCCCAGAGAGUCUCGAUCGGGAGACUCUUCAACAUAUGUGCUAGUUUCUGAAAGGUCUCAAGAUGACACAGCUGGCGGCCCUGUUGCCGGAGUUCCUGUAAGUCUUUUCAGUUGA